UAAAGUUUAGAAAUAGUUUUUUUUAUAAAUUAAUCCAUUCAAAAUGAAUGCGUGGUCGGGUGAAGAACGUGAUAUAAUGGGACCAACUGUUACACGAGCUCCAAGUGCGAAAUCUGCUACUCCACCACUGAAGAAUGGUAAUGAUUUGAGAGGAGCUGGGUAUUUGAUAGCAGUUGGCUCCAGAACAGCUAGGUUUCGAAGAAAACACAGGAACAAAUGUUUGUUAAUAUUCUUAUUUAUAUUAAUUCUACUAUUAUUAUGUUUAGCAGUAGCAAUGACUGUGUUAUAUGUAAAACAAAAACGCAACAAACCUAUACGAAUAUGCCAUACCAAAGAAUGCUUAAGAUCAGCAGCCAACUUAGCACUAUCAAUGGACACGACCACAAAUCCAUGCCACGACUUCUAUCAGUAUGUCUGCGGGAACUGGGCAGACGAACAUCCUCGACCAGACGCGUACCGCUCCUACGACUGGUUUAGAGAGAAGCAAAACAAAGUGUACGCAGUAGUUCGAGAUUUCUUGUCCAAGAACAUCACCGAUCAGCCACGUCCAGUGCAGCAGGCCAAGGAUCUAUACACCGCUUGUAUGGACACUGAUACCUUGGAUAAACUUAGCCUAAAGCCUAUAUUUAAAGUACUAAAAUCUCUGGGUUUACCACCAUACCCUACGUUCAUUAACGCAACGGAAGGUUUUGAUUAUUCAACGUACUCCUUUGACUGGUUAGAAGCAGUUAUAAAUGUAAAGACACAAUUGGGAAUGGAUAUCUUGAUUGGUUUCGACAUAUUCACUGAUCCGAGAAACUCAUCAGUGUAUCGGCUGGUUAUGGGAUCACCAGAAACGACUAAUCCUUUUCCAAGCAUGCACAACGAAAAAAAGCAACAUAUUGGACAAAAGAGUUUUUUGAAACGAAAAAUAGAUUAUUAUAAAAAAAAUAUACGAAUACUAACUAAUAAAAAACAAAGUGAUUCCAAAUUCGAUUCUUUAGAAGAUAAAGAUGACGAAGAAAAAGCUGCACACAUAUACAAACUGUUUUAUGCAGAAAUUAUAAAACUUUUUAUAUUAGAAAGUGCUCCAAAGAAUUUUAAUUUAACUGAGCUAGAACUGGAUCAAAAUAUUUUUCUUGCUGCGGACGAAUAUUAUACAAUGAGCGAGGAUAUGUAUGAGCUAGAAGCUGCAAAUGAUACUAGCAUAGAUGACGAUCAAUAUCUUGAUGUACCAGAUUACACAGUAGAAGAAGUCCAAGCUCAUACUAAUAUGAUUGUCCUCAGUAACAAUGGUACUCCUGCUCCUAUAUGGAAAAGAUAUUUAGAAGGUGUAUUCAAAAUAAGUAAUGUGGAUCUAGAUUUUGAAAAAGAUACGAUUCUCAUAUCUGAUCCUGAUUUAAAAUACAUGUCUUUAAUGGCUGCGUAUUUAUCUAAGGCUGCACCUGUAACUAUUGAACUCUUUAUUUGGAUAAAGGUUGUAGAAGUUAUGGCAGUUCAUACGACAACGGAGUUACGACUACUAUUUCAAAGAUCUUAUGACGCUCUAAGACAGCACGACCUAACAGUGCCACCACGUAGUCUAUAUUGUGCGAGUGCGGUCAAUGAUUUACUCGGCAUGGCAGUAUCGUAUGGAAUUGCAAAUCCUGAUUUUCUAACUAAUACAAAACCAAAGAUCCAAGUAAUGUUAACUGAAAUGAAAAAAUCCCUAGCACAGCUGGUCGGAAAAACAAAAUGGAUGGAUGACGAAACAAAAUUGGCGACUUAUCAAAAAAUCAUUCAAAUGAAAACAUCCCUUAACUAUGGUUCACUGGGCACAGUUCUUGGCCAUGAAAUAACUCACGGAUUCGACAAUUUUGGUCGCCAGUUCGACCAAGACGGUAAUCUCCUACCCUGGUGGACGAAUGGCACAAUAUCAUCGUUCGUUAACUUGACUCAGUGCUUUAUCGAUCAAUACUCGUCAUACUUUGUUCCUGAACUAAAUAAACACGUUGAUGGUAAAAAAACUCUGGGAGAAAACAUAGCAGACAACGGUGGUGUUCGAGAAGCUUUCGGCGCCUUAAAGGAGCAUCUUUAUAAGUACGGUGAAGAACCCAAACUACCCGGAUUCGAGCACCUUAGUUCCGAACAGCUAUUCUUUUUGUCAUAUGGAAAUUUAUGGUGUGGAGUGCAAACCAAGGAAUCGCUGAAGUCAGAGCUAUCGGAUGAACACUCUCCCCAACAUUUCAGAGCCCAGGGCGCUUUACAAAACAAUGAAGACUUCGCCAGGGUGUGGAGAUGCCCCCCGGGAUCCCCCAUGAAUCCUCGGCAGAGAUGUGUUAUAUUUUAAAAAUUAUAGAGGAAGAAAGAAAUCAUUAUUUUAUAGAUUUAUCUUUUCGUUGAUCUAAAUUACUAAAAAAGAAUUUCUCAUAAUUCUUAGAUGAAAUUAAACAUGUUUCGUAAAAAUUGUUGUAAGGUAAGACGUAAUAAAAAAUAAUGUUAACUUAUUCAUUUAUU